GUAGUAAAAUCUUAAGACAUGCCUACAAAGAAGUAAACCCCAUUGAGAUCAAUGGGACUUAUCUCCAGGCCAGUAAACUUGAACAUGAGACGAUCAGUAGCUCCAAGUCAGCUGUUGGGGAAUUCAGCCAAAAAGCCAAGGUUUCUGCCUCCAACAAAAAUCCACACGGUGUCCCUGGGGAAGGAAUCCCAACUCUCACAUACAAAAAUUCGAACAGUUGAGGUGGAUGAGAUACAACGAGAUGACUCAGUAUCCAUGAAGAUUUGUUCUGCAACUUCUGGCUUUAGUUCUAUGGCAGCUGUGCCAUCUGAUCAAGGAAAAAUUUCCUCCCAGAAAAAUGAAGAGAUUUGGCAUUUGGAAACUGGAGCAAAAUCAGUAUAUAGAACAGAAACAGGUCCAGUGCAGACAAAGAUGACGGAAAUGGGACCAAAAGAAGAGUCCAGCCGCCUUGUAAAAUAUUUCAGUGUAGUAUGGUGCAAGGCCUCAAAGAAAAAGCACAAGAAGUGGGAAGGGGAUGCUGUUCUGAUUGUGAACGAAAAGUUACUGACACUGAAGGACAUGGAAGGCAAAGACAUAGGAAGAGGCACUGGAUACAAAGCCAAAGAUCUGGAAAAUCUUGAUGAAGGCCAGACUUUGAUUAUUGGAGGCAAAGAAAUUGAAGUGAUGCGUGUAAUUCCAGAAGAGGACUUCAGAAGUGGCAGGUGUUUUCAGUGUGGUAUGGCAACUGCAGAGGAUGUUUGCCGUGUCUCCCAAGCUACUGUGAAGCCAUUCUGUAACCCUCUCAAAAAUGUCUGCAAACCCAGUACAAAAGGAAAUUUGCCUAAAGUCUUGCAGAACUAUAAACCACGACAUGAUCCAUGUGCACCAAAUUGCUUAGUCAUGCCACGGCCAUCUCCAAAUCACCAGCGGAUGUUUAAUAAGUCCGGCUUGCCUGUUGUGGAUGUUGUCAUGGACCCUUACAUUGUAACCCAUCUUCGCCCACACCAGCGAGAAGGAAUUCUGUUUCUUUAUGAAUGUGUAAUGGGGAUGAGAGCAAACAUGAAAUUUGGAGCUAUUCUGGCCGAUGAAAUGGGUUUAGGGAAAACACUGCAGUGCAUCGCGCUCACCUGGACUCUCCUGCGUCAAGGGCCAUAUGGAGGCAAACCUAUAAUAAAACAGGCACUGAUCGUUGCUCCUGGGAGUCUGGUGAAGAACUGGGGAAAAGAAUUUCAAAAAUGGUUGGGAAAUGAAAGACUCAAGGUAUUCUUAGUUGAUCAGGAUCACAAAGUGGAAGAAUUUAUCAAUUCCCCCCUCCAUCCAGUUCUGAUAAUUAGUUAUGAGAUGUUUCUACGCUCCUUGGACCAAAUUCAAAAGACAGAAUUUGGCCUUGUCGUCUGUGAUGAGGGACAUCGUUUGAAAAACAGCUCCAUUAAGACAACCACAGCCCUUGCCAGCCUGCCUUGUGAGAGGAGAGUAAUUCUUUCGGGUACUCCAGUACAAAAUGAUCUGCAAGAAUUUUAUGCAUUAAUAGAGUUUGUAAAUCCUGGAAUACUUGGUUCUUUAUCUGCAUACAGAAAAGUAUAUGAGGAACCCAUUAGAAGAUCUCGAGAGCCUUCAGCAACAAAGGAGGAAAUUGAACUGGGAGAGAGAAGAGCAGAAGAGCUUGCUCGCCUGACUGGACUCUUCAUUCUUAGAAGAACCCAAGAUGUGAUCAACAAAUUUCUUCCUCCUAAAAGGGAGAGCAUCCUUUUCUGUCGUCCAACAGCACUGCAGCUUGAUCUCUAUCGAAGGCUGCUGAGCUCUCAAGUUGUUAAAUCUUGCCUACAAGGCAGUCUGGAAAAUAGCCCUCAUUUAAUCUGCAUUGGAGCGUUGAAAAAACUUUGCAACCAUCCCUGCCUUCUCUUCAAGACAAUUCUGGAGAAAGGCCAUGACCCCACUGGUGAUGAACAAGUGAAACAGAACCUCUGUGAGGGUUUGCUUGAUAUUUUUUCUCAAGGAUGCCCUCCAGCCUCUUUUUCUGAGAGUGACUCUGGGAAACUAAAGGUGCUGGUUCAGCUUCUGGCAGCAAUCCGGGAAUUCAGCCCUUCAGAACGAGUUGUUCUGGUGUCUAAUUACACACAAACAUUGGAUAUAUUGCAAGAGGUGUGCAAACGUAGUGGCUAUUGCUAUACAAGGCUUGAUGGCAACACUCCUGUUUCCCAGCGACAACAGAUUGUUGAUGCUUUUAAUGGCAAAUUCUGCCCAGCCUUCAUCUUUCUGCUGAGUUCAAAGGCCGGUGGUGUGGGUCUGAACCUCAUUGGAGCAUCCCAUUUAAUCCUGUACGAUAUUGAUUGGAAUCCAGCCACUGAUAUCCAGGCAAUGGCCAGAGUUUGGCGAGACGGACAAAAACGGACAGUCCAUAUUUACAGGCUGCUAACAACAGGUACAAUAGAAGAGAAAAUCUAUCAGAGGCAGAUCAGUAAGCAGGGGCUCUCUGGAGCUGUUGUAGACUUUGCCAAGGGAAAAGAACAUAUCCGUUUUUCUAUUGAAGAGCUUAGAAAUCUCUUUAUAUUGCAUGAAGAUUCCAGCUCUGUCACCCACGAUCUGCUGGAAUGUAAAUGUAUGGGGAAGAAAGAUGCUCAAGGUCCUCCAGAAAAACUCGCUGAGCAACAUGAAUGGCAGCUUGGCCAAAGCAAUAUGAAAUCUUCCUCCAAGAAAUCCAUAUCUAUGUCACAGCUGAUACAGUGGAAACACUUUUCUGUGGAUCAUGAGGACCUCCCCGAUCCUUUCCUUGAAAGAAUAAAAGACAAUGUAACAUUUGUUUUCCAAAAUUUGACAAACUGAGGAUAGCACCUAAGAGGGGCAAAUUAGUUCUUUGUUUAGUUACACUAGACUUUUGUUCACUGAUGUUUUAUCUUUGUAUAACAAAAUUCAACAAAAUGAUGAUUAUUAAUAACAGUAGAAUAUUGGUCUAAUAUAGGGAACAUAUCAUAAGGUUAGUAUUGUAUUUCUUUUGAUGAUUUAAACAUAACUUCAGAAAAAAUAUCUUGUUUGCUAUAAUUUAUGCUAAACAAUUUUGAAACCCUUGUCCAAGAGUUCCUUCUCCAUCAUAUAGCCACAGAGGUGUUCUCGCAAUGUUAGGUUGUGCUCUGCCACAGCAGUAAGGGUGCAUUUGUUGCCUAGAGUUAGCAUGCCUUCCUCCAGAACUGUGCCUCUUUUGUGAGGCUCCUGCCUUUCCAAGUAGUAAGGGCACUAUUUUCUACUUAUACAAAUACAGUGCUCUUCUCCUGUCCAGCCCAAACCCCGACAGCUUACCAAAUGUGACCAACAUACAGAAAUUCCUGCACCAGUCAUGAGCAUCUAUUACAACCUUCUUCAACUCGGAGACCUCCACCCUGUUUAUCUCGGUACCCGUGCUGCAGAGAGGCUCAUUCUUUGAGGGUUCAUUCUUUUCUGUAGCUUCCAGUUCUCAAUUAAUACUGAAUAACUCACCGCUUCUCUCCAUUGGUCUCACUGCUUGGACCACAGGGAUAGUAUUUGUCCUCAGCAAGUACCCUUGGACCUCUCAGCUGAAAUUCCACCUUACUUGAGAUGCCUGAAUCUUUAGCAAAUGUACAGGGGAGAAGGUCAGAACUCAGGAACACUAGAUAUUUUGCAUGCAGAAGAUCCCUUUUUGGCUUCCCAGCCUCUCUGGUGAAAGGGGUCGUGGGAAGUUGAGCUGCAUGAAAUUCUGCAUGAAUCUCUGGCAAGUGUUGUCCCAGAGAUUCUUGCAGGUAGCUGGGAGAAUUUCAGCAGAAGGCAGUUUCUUUUGUGUUACCCUCUUUCCUAUAGGAUGGGUAAAGAGAGCUUUGAAACUCUCCAAGGCUUUUUCUCUUGCCUCUUCUAGGAUUGUUCUUGCAGGCUCCCCCAGGUAGAGACUACCUGUCAGUUGCUGUCUUCAGAGCCAAUGGGUUCUUGGAGAAAUGAUCAGAAAUUGACCGAAAUGUGGCAAAAUAAAAAUCCCAAAACCCCUUACAAUUCUUAGGCGUGAUCUUUGCAUCAAAGCAUGUUCUCCUCUGUUGCUUUUGCCCACUGGUGGCCCUUGGCUUAAUUUCAAAAGCCUUCUGCACGCAGGUCUAUCCCUUCCCUGGCAGCCUGCUGGAAGGAAGAGGAGGAGAGAGGAAAAGGAAUGCAGAAGAAGAAAGGGGGUGAUCUACUCAAUUUUGGGUCUGUCCCUUCCCAUCACAGGCAAGUGCCCCUGACUGAUUAUUCACAAAGGAAUGUGACCCUUGGCAGAAAAAAAGGUGCCCACUUUGGCUAGAGCUGUUGUGUUUUUUCAGCAGAUGCAUAGACCCAGUUCUGUCUUUGUAGAAAGCUGAGGAGGGCAACAUUUACAAACCAAGACUGUUGAAGGAAGGGCUGCUUAAACUUCCCCUGGACUCCCAGGUAUCUUGGGCAAAACUUUGCUCAGCUUUUUUAUAGCUAAUCUUUCUUCUGUUUUGAAACCAGCUGGUAAAACAAAUGAUCCUUUAAAACAUCUGGUUCGAUGGAGAUUUGCAGGAAAAAAAUCAAUGUGUGAGAGAAUGGUCAGAAAGGUCAAGCAGACAUUGGCUAUAUGGUAUUUUUUUAAUGGAAGGGCCCAUCUGUGCAUUUGUUUGGGCUCAGUCUUGUAAUGUCCGAGGAUCGACGAAUCUGCCAAUUUCACUUUCAGUUUCUUAGUUUACCAGUCUUAAGUUCAGUUCAUCCUGAACUUAGAGACUUUUUAGAAUGUCAAGUUUGAGUGAUCCAAAAUGGGAAGAAUAUAUAUCUAUAUGUUAAAGUUCACAUGAAAAUUCAUAUGCAUUGCUGUGCACAGUAAGGGAUGUUUAAAAAUUUCAUUUCAGUUUGAAAAACAGCAAAAUGUGCCAUAAUUCCAGGCCCCAAUGUGACCACAUUUUUCAGGAAAAUCUCAAAUAUUCUUAAGUUUGCAAUUGUAUCCGCAAAAUGUGUCCUUGUGAAAAUUGGGUGUUUUAAAAUGUUCACAUUUCUUUGAGAAAAGGAUGCAUUUUCACACUUUAAUCAGAGGCAGGUAAGUGUGCUUCUGUAAGAAAUGUGCAUUUUUCUUGUGAGAAUGUGCACUUUUGUUUUUUAAUGCCUGUGCUUGAGAACAAAAAUGGGAAAAUUGACAACUUGACAAGCUUGAACAUCAGUGGUUCUCACACUCAUAAUUCAUGCAUUGUUGUGUGCUAUUUGCCUACUAUGUUUAUUUUUUGGAAGCAAAUUUUCUAAUUUAAUGCAUUUCAGAACUUGAUUUCCACUUACAUUUUUGUAAUAAAACAUUUUUGUACACUUUCCCCCAAUAUAUGCCUCUUUGAACACAUUUUUAAUUGGAAUGCUGCACUGCAAAAUUUGGAGAUAUGUUAAUUUUGAUGGGUGAUUGACUUUUAUAUAUUGGUUUGAAAUUGCAAAAUAAAGGAAGUUUGCAUUAAAA